AGAAGGGUCUAGACGCUGAGAGGCAGGAGGCACUUGGGAUCGUCCGCAAGAUUGGGACUGUUAGAGAGGCCGCCACGGAGCCCGCCGGAGCCACCGUUCCUUCUGCUGCUGCCGCCGCUGCCCGAGUUGGAAGCGUCGGGUCGCAGCCGCCGGCAAUGCCGAGAAGGAAGAGGAAUGCAGGCAGUAGUUCAGAUGGAACCGAAGAUUCCGAUUUUUCUACCGAUCUCGAGCACACAGACAGUUCAGAAAGUGAUGGCACAUCGCGCAGAUCUGCCCGAGUUACCCGCUCCUCAGCUAGGUUAAGCCAGAGUUCUCAAGAUUCGAGUCCUGUUCGAAAUUUGCAGUCUUUUGGCACUGAGGAGCCUGCCUAUUCUACCAGAAGAGUUACUCGUAGUCAGCAGCAGCCUACCCCAGUGACUCCGAAAAAGUACCCCCUUCGGCAGACUCGUUCAUCUGGCUCUGAAACUGAGCAAGUAGUGGACUUUUCAGAUAGAGAAACUAAAAAUACAGCUGAUCAUGAUGAGUCACCACCUCGAACUCCAACUGGAAAUGCACCUUCUUCUGAAUCUGACAUAGACAUCUCCAGCCCCAAUGUGUCUCAUGAUGAGAGCAUUGCCAAGGACAUGUCCCUGAAGGACUCGGGCAGUGACCUCUCUCAUCGUCCCAAGCGCCGUCGCUUCCAUGAAAGCUACAAUUUCAAUAUGAAGUGUCCUACACCCGGCUGUAACUCUCUAGGACAUCUUACAGGAAAACACGAGAGACAUUUCUCCAUCUCAGGAUGCCCACUCUAUCAUAACCUCUCAGCUGAUGAGUGCAAGGUGAGAGCACAGAGCCGGGAUAAGCAGAUAGAAGAGAGGAUGCUGUCCCACAGGCAAGAUGACAACAACAGGCAUGCAACCAGGCACCAGGCACCAACAGAGAGGCAGCUGCGCUAUAAGGAAAAGGUAGCAGAACUCAGGAAGAAAAGAAAUUCUGGACUAAGCAAAGAACAGAAAGAGAAAUGUAUGAUUAGCCAAUUGCUGUUUUCUACGAGAGACCAUCAGGAACAUAGACAAACCUAUGGGAACACUCGGGAGCCUCUCUUGGAAAACCUGACAAGCGAGUAUGACUUGGAUCUUUUCCGAAGAGCACAAGCCCGGGCUUCAGAGGAUUUGGAGAAGUUAAGACUGCAGGGCCAAAUCACAGAAGGGAGCAACAUGAUUAAAACAAUUGCUUUUGGCCGCUAUGAGCUUGAUACUUGGUACCAUUCUCCCUAUCCUGAAGAAUAUGCACGAUUGGGACGUCUCUACAUGUGUGAAUUCUGUUUAAAAUAUAUGAAGAGCCAAACAAUACUCCGCCGGCACAUGGCCAAGUGUGUAUGGAAACACCCACCUGGUGAUGAGAUCUAUCGGAAAGGCUCAAUCUCUGUGUUUGAAGUAGAUGGCAAGAAAAAUAAGAUCUACUGCCAAAACCUGUGCUUGUUGGCCAAGCUUUUUCUGGACCAUAAGACAUUAUACUAUGAUGUGGAGCCCUUCCUGUUCUAUGUUAUGACGGAAGCAGACAGCACUGGCUGUCACCUGAUUGGAUAUUUUUCCAAGGAGAAGAACUCAUUCCUCAACUACAAUGUAUCCUGUAUCCUUACCAUGCCUCAGUACAUGAGACAGGGCUAUGGCAAGAUGCUCAUUGAUUUCAGUUAUUUGCUUUCCAAAGUAGAAGAAAAGGUUGGCUCCCCAGAACGUCCACUCUCUGAUCUGGGGCUCAUAAGCUAUCGCAGUUACUGGAAAGAAGUGCUUCUCCGUUACCUGCAUAAUUUCCAAGGCAAAGAGAUUUCUAUCAAAGAAAUUAGCCAGGAGACAGCUGUGAAUCCUGUGGACAUCGUUAGCACUCUGCAAGCCCUUCAGAUGCUUAAAUAUUGGAAAGGAAAACAUCUGGUUUUAAAGAGACAGGACCUGAUUGAUGAAUGGAUAGCCAAAGAGGCCAAAAGGUCCAACUCCAAUAAAACUAUGGAUCCAAGCUGCUUAAAAUGGACCCCUCCGAAAGGCACUUAAAGUGAUCUAUCAUUCUGAGCCAGCGAACCCCAGCAGUAGGAAUCCGUACCCUAGGGAUCUGUCUGUCAUUUCUGUUGUUCUUGUGAUUGGCAAGUACAGUAUCCUUUGGGAAGGCCAUCCCCCUCAGGACUGUCCUGGCUCCGCCUUUUGUGUACACUGCAGACGCUGGUUCUGAGGAACUAUUGUUUCGGCCUCAGUGAGGUUGCCUGGAGAGAUCUGUAUUAGACUCAAGUGCAGAUCCCUCAUAGCACUGACCCAAGGAGUUCUGUUAUGGUACUGUACUUGUCCAGUCACUGGUUCCCUCCUCAUGUCCUUUAGCCCCAUGAGGUGUAUCUUGUCCUCUGAACUUUGUACUCAAGCUUCUUCCCAUCUGGUUACCAGAUCUCUAGACAUGGCUACCACCACAGGGACCCUUCUAGUUACUCCUUACACACGUAUUUUGUGGAAUGGUAGGGAAGAGGCAGCAUUUAUGAGUACGUGUGUUUGAGGAGUCCAUUCACUUUGGAUUUUGUCUUAAAACUUCUUUCUGCUAUUUUUAUGGAAAGACAUUUUUGAUCACCAUUAGGCUGAUCAGAGCCAAGUAAUUCUGAUGUUUCCCAGGGAUUAAUCUUUAAAAUAGCACCUACUCCAUCUGAAUGAGAUGGGGAGAGGAAUAAGAGGUGGAGAUUCUGCAUUUUGAUUUAUGUUCUGUGGGCAAUGUCUUGGUGGAAGGGAAUUGGUAAUUCUUGCUUCACCAGGAAAUGUCUAGCAGUAAAUGUCUUCUCUUAUUCGCUGGCCCUUUUUAUGUUUGCAGGUGCCAAAAUAGUUUCGAGUUCUUUCAUACUACAUGUUCAUUGGUUAAUAAUACUACAGAACCUUUUCACCAAUCUGUACCAGUCUGGUAUAAGAUACCUACUUUUUCCUCAUAAGUUGCACUGAUUUUUGUCCAGAGCAUCCUGGAGAAGUGGAAAGUGGUCUCAGCCCAUGACUCAGCAAGGCAGAAUGACCACCCUGCCACCGUUUGCUCAUCUUUUCAACAGUGCCUCACCUUCCUCUAGGCUAAAUGCUUCUGCCCCUCCAAGAACUCCUCCUCCGUUUCCUUUGUGGGAUGUACCACCAUUCUCCUAGUCUCUGGUCUCCUAUUUUUGGUGGUGUUCAAGGAAAAGAUGUUCCCUCUAAUUUCUCCCUAGCCGGUUAUAAUCUGUUAUCUUGGGGCAGCUUUUGAUGUCUUAACAUGUCGCCCUUCCCAACUUGGUCCCAGCACUGCUGUCUUCAUGUGGCGCCCUCACCACAGUCCCAACUCUGGUCAUUUGUGCCUUUCUCUUGUCAUCUCUGUACACUACUUAUAUUCACUGUGGGUUGAGGGGAGCUGGUGUUAAGCAUGUUCAGUGGAGGCUCCCCUCCAGUUUCAGUGUCACUGUUCAGAGUAUCCAAAAGCAACUUUACUGGGGGUUUUCUUAAGGGGUAAGGCCUUUUACAUGCUAAACCCUUCCCCACAUGUGGUAGAAUGUGCUCUCAGCAUCUACUCAAUAAAGCAUGUUCUCUGC